CCGUUUGUACCGAGCGAGAGAGCGAGAGCGAUUGCGGCUGCGGCUGUGACUGCGGACUGCGACUUGGGACUGCGAGGGGAACCACCAAUCCUACCACCCACUCAUAGCAGCUACCAACCUAACAACCUACCUACCACCACAACAAGCAACGAAAUACUCCGUACCCAAAGCCCAACUCCCGCCUGCGGUCCCUCGAGCCCUCCACGCUCCAACAAAAGUCCUUCCUCUCCUGCCUCUUCCUCCACCGCAACUGACUAAACCCAUAUCAAUUCCACCCCCCAUCCACCCCCCAAUUCUAUUUCUCAGUUCUUACUUCCCUUUUCCACAAAGGAAGUACCACAACCCCCUCCCCUUUCCGACUGGGGACUUGACUCGUACUGGCCGAGAAACCCAACAUCUCCGUUUCCUUGGACAGACGUCGUCCAUCUUCAUCUGAGGACAGAUCCCUGACAUGGCGCACCACAGAUAGCCCUGCCCGCACCCGAUCCUCCCUCGUUCGUCCCUUGUCCGUCCUCCGUACAACCCAAAACGUCCUGUCCGAACUUCACCUCUUCAGAACAGCCCCCAGUCCGCUCUUUGUUCGCCCCAUUCCUCUGUCUGGGCUGAACGGGCCCUCUCUCCUCCCACCUCCCUCUCUAUCUACAUAGAACAGAGGGCUCCUCUCCCUUGAUACACUGAUUCUGUGGAUCCAUUGAAUUGGCACCCUGCAGCAUCAUGGCCGCCACCACCGAGAAACGCAAUUUUUCCUCCUUGUCCUUCUCCUCCAAGAAGCAUCUGAACGGCGAACCUGGCGCCGGUGCCCACACUCCGACGACGACCAAGCUGAAAAACUUCUUCCGUAUCAACAGUGGUGGAAGUCAAACCUCGAUAGGCUCGGAUGGCUUGCCUACUCCCAAGACCGAGUCCAAACCAGUCAAGCAGUCCAGAUUCUUACCCGGCUUAAGUAGAAACAGGUCGACUACGAUUGCCAGUGAAGGACACCCCCUCGACGACGCUAUUGCCUCACCGACAGCCCAGGCCAACCCUUACUUCGUCCAUCAAGGCCCUCCUGCCUUGCGCCACCGUAAUGAGGGCAGCGUUCCCCCUUCCCCUCCGGAUACACCAAAAGUUCAUGUGAACGGUACGGCGGUGGAAGAGAAGGCAGUUACGGCUGGCAAGGAAGAACUGGCGCGGAAAUUGAGAAGAGUGGCGUCUGCCCCAAAUGCACAAGGUCUUUUCAGUGGCAACAAGCCGACUACGGAGCGUCCGUCGACAGCAGAACUGGGAAAGGAGCCUCUAGCAGUGGUCAAUGGUUCAUCGCCCAAGUUGGGCAUGAUUCCUCAGGAGGACUCGAGCACUCACAGCCUCCCGCCCAAACCUGGCAAAAUCCCUCUCCCGGGACAGAUCCGCCAAUCCGUCGCCUUUCGAAGAACCUACAGCUCCAAUUCGAUCAAAGUGCGCAAUGUCGAAGUGGGCCCGCACAGUUUCGAUAAGAUCAAAUUGAUCGGCAAGGGUGAUGUUGGCAAGGUAUACCUCGUGCGCGAAAAGAAAUCGAACCGGCUGUAUGCCAUGAAAGUUCUCAGCAAGAAGGAAAUGAUAAAGCGUAACAAAAUCAAGAGGGCACUGGCCGAACAAGAGAUCUUGGCCACGAGCAAUCAUCCUUUCAUUGUUACCCUAUAUCAUUCUUUCCAGUCGGAAGAUCAUCUAUACCUAUGCAUGGAGUAUUGUAGCGGAGGUGAGUUUUUCAGGGCAUUACAAACUCGUCCGAACAAAUGUGUCGGCGAGGAAGAUGCCCGGUUCUACGCUGCAGAAGUCACAGCUGCGCUGGAGUAUCUGCACCUGAUGGGCUUCAUCUACCGUGAUUUGAAGCCAGAAAACAUUCUCCUUCAUCAGUCGGGACAUAUCAUGUUGUCAGACUUUGAUUUGUCCAAACAGUCGGAUUCUGGCGGUGCGCCGACCAUGAUCCUGGGCACUCGCAAUGCAUCGAACCCCACUGGGUAUCCUCUGGUCGAUACCAAGUCUUGCAUUGCCGACUUCCGCACAAAUUCGUUUGUCGGCACGGAAGAGUAUAUUGCUCCCGAAGUGAUCAAAGGCAAUGGACAUACCAGCGCGGUGGACUGGUGGACUCUCGGCAUCCUGAUCUACGAGAUGCUGUUUGGAACGACCCCGUUCAAGGGCAAAAACCGGAACGCGACCUUUGCAAACAUUCUGAGGGACGAAGUGCCUUUCCCAGACCAUUCACACGUGACCCAAGUCAGCAACCUCUGCAAGUCGCUUAUCCGGAAGCUUUUGAUCAAAGACGAGGUCAAACGAUUGGGCUCUCGGGCAGGCGCCUCGGACGUGAAAAAUCAUCCCUUUUUCCGACCUAUAACUUGGGCUCUUCUCCGCCAUAUGAAGCCGCCUAUGAUUCCUCACCAAGGCAAGGCCAUCGACACAGUCAACUUUAGGACGGUCAAGGAUAGCGGCAGCGUCGACAUUGGUGGUCCAGCAAGUCGACUAAAGGGUGUGCCGCUAGAUUCGGCUCUGGCGACUCCGGGAGGCGAGAUUGCGGAUCCGUUCCUGGAGUUCAACAGUGUGACACUGCAUCACGACGACGAAGACGCGAUCAUGAUGCAAGACAGCGGAACUACACAUACUGGGCGGUGACGGGCCUUAUUUUUCUUUUCUUUCCUGAGAAAGCUUGUGGCCCAUGUCGUGGUGGUCAAUUACUGGUGCUGCACAGGCGUUAGGGGGCGUACGGAAAGGGAUAAAAUAUGUCACGAGACACGAAGGUCAAGCGGCUCACUCGUCCCUUUUGAUGAUGAUGGAAGAACGCUGUGAGUUCUAGGGUCUCCCGAGCAUAUGCGGCGUUUGAGAUAUUCCCAAAAAUAGCGCAUGUACAGAUAUACAGGGCACUGCUGCAGACAAGGGAGGGGGAGUCUUGCCUGCGCUCUCGCUCCCUCUCUCUGUCUCUAUACUAGGAAUGAGCUUGUGGAAUCUUUUUCCAUGUCCC